ACGGUUUUAUUGACCAGGUGAAUAUUUCGAUUUUUGACGUUCAAGUAUAUGUCACCCUUAUAGCUCGCAGAUCGCACCAUUUUGCAGGAGCCAGGUUUUUCAAAAGAGGAGUGAACGACCGUGGAGAUGUGGCCAAUGAAGUGGAGACGGAGCAGAUUGUGAGCGACAUGCUCACUACUUCUUUCCAUGAUCCGGAGGGUGGAUUCUACAAUAACCCUCGGUACACCUCGUUUGUGCAGCAUAGAGGAUCGAUUCCGCUUUCGUGGUCUCAAGAGACUGCGCCAAACAUCCGAAUGACGAAGCCCCCAAUCGAGAUCAACGUCUUCGACCCUUUCUAUUCAGCAUCCGCACUCCAUUUUGAUAAUCUGUUCAAACGGUACGGGGCACCAGUGCAGAUUCUCAAUUUGAUCAAACAACGAGAAAAGACAGCGAGAGAGACAAAACUACUGCGCGCUUUUGAAGAUUGCAUAGAGUACCUGAACCAGUUUCUUCCUGAAAAGAAAAAAAUCGACUACACGGCCUGGGAUAUGUCCAGAGCGUCGAAAAAUCGCGGUCAGGACGUUAUCGAGUGGCUCGAAAAUUACAGUGCAAAAACCCUAGAAACUACAGGUUUCUUCCACAACGGGAAAACGCUCGCACAGACUAAAUUACAGCAAGGCAUAUGCCGUACUAAUUGCAUUGAUUGCCUUGACAGAACUAAUACAGCGCAAUUCGUGAUUGGCAAAAGAGCGCUUGGUCACCAGUUGCAUGCCUUGGGGCUUAUAAAGGAAAAAUACUUGGAGUAUGACUCUGACGCGAUCAACAUUCUGACCGAGAUGUUUCACGACCAUGGUGACACAAUCGCUUUGCAGUACGGGGGCUCACAUCUGGUCAACACUCUGCAAACUUACAGAAAAAUCAACCAAUGGACUUCGCACUCGCGCGAUAUGAUUGAGAGUGUGAAACGGUUUUACAGUAACUCGUUUGUUGACGCCCAACGCCAGGAAGCCAUAAAUUUGUUUUUGGGUAAUUACGUCUACGAGAAAGGACUCCCAAUGCUUUGGGACUUGAACACUGAUUACUAUCUGCACAAUGACUAUUAUGGAGUUCUUCUGAAUUACAAACCAAGUUAUACACACUGGUAUUCAGACUGCCAUCUUGAGGACCCUGACUGCGGCAAGGAUGAUGGGCUUAUCGUGCCGAAAAUCGACCCUUAUCCAGGGUGUUUUGACAACUAUUGGAACAUAAAGUACGUUCCCCGGGAGCUAACUAGCUUCAGCCAACUGUUUGAAUUUAACAUGAAUUCAACUCUUAGAUUCAACGAGGAGCAACCAAAAGACGCUUCCUCCGUGGUUUCGACACAGUCAACAAUGAACAAGGUCAAAGAGACCAAGAAUAAAGCAAAGCAGCGGAUUCAGAAGCUAGCUUUGACAGAAAAAAAUAGCAUUUCCAACUUUUCGGAGUACGAAUAUGAGGGAUAUGUGUCGCCGUUCAAGUCCAGAAAGCCACACCGCGAACUGCCUUUCUUUAAUCUGGAAGAUAUGGAUAAUAACACGCAACCUCUCGAGUCCAUCCAGCCAGCGUCCGAAGAUCUUUUGGAGUUUUACCGUCAUCAGUUCGAGCAACUGAGGUUGUCGGACCAACAACGAGCAACUCGAAUCGACAAGAUCAACGAGGCAGUUGAGGACCACAUCCUUCCGAAAAAAGAUCUCCCAGUUGUUGACGUCACAACUAAUGAGCUUCUCGGUAUAUCGGAUAGUGAUUCACUAUUUGAUACGCUAAGUGUCGCGACGGGAAGCACCGAUUUCGAAGAGGCUUGCCAACAAUACUCCAAUCGAACUCCAGUGGUGUCCGCUGAAAAUCAGCAGUGCUAUGAGAAUUGUGUGAACCUCGAUUUGCGGAUAAACGAUGAGCUGACGUUUGAUGAUGUUUUGGAUACAAGCUCGAAAGUGGACUUUUAAGAUUGUUUGUCUGUCUGGGCUCUUUGAAUGGCUUUCAUACAUUCGAUGGUGUUUGGUAGAGUGUCUGACUUGAUCCAAAUUCUGCCAUUUGCACCAAUGGCGAGUUCAAACUGGUAUUUCCUCAUCAAUUUGGUCAACACAGGAGCGUCCUGCUGUCGUAGUAAGUAUCUGGCGUAAGCCAAUCUCACUUCAAAUACGAAACCUCCUUCCAGAUGGCCAAAUCCGCCUUCUUUGCCAGUUGUUGCAUCAAAACACUCCAACUCCACGUCUAGAUCGGGGUCUACGGCCGCCACGCGUGCGUAAACAAGGUCCCCAGUCUUUAGUUUUGGCCUAUUUUUCUUACUUGCAUUAGGAAACGCAUAAAAGCCAAGCACUGCUGGCGUUGAGAAGUUCGAGAGCGAAACUCUAUAGAACUCCCCGAAAGAGCCCACAAUGGUGCCGACAACGAAAUCCUGCACAGCAGGCAUGUAUCUUCUAGAAUCAGCCUCCACAUAAGCCAGCGAGCACGGGCCUGCCUGCGUCUGCACAAGGUAUCCUGCAGUCGUCGGGCUGGCAGUGUUACCGCUUGUCUGCAAGUUGGGGCCCAGAACAAGCUCGGAUCCUGCCUCCAGCGUAAAUUGGUCUCCGGGAAUAACGAUAGACAUGGCAGGUAGCAAAAAAAAAAAAAUGGAGCGGAAAAAAUUGUACAGAUCAGACGCGUCGAUCGACGCCCACUCGCUGAUAACCAAGCACCGCAUGUAGUCAUUAUUUGCUUGAUCACCCGAAAUCAAGUGAGUGUACGACAACUACCCAAACAUGUGGACAGCGGCCACCCGCGCCUGAAUGCGGAUUUGUUAGCCGACUUUAAAAAUGCAGCAUUCGCUUGUACGUGCUGACAAAUAAUUGAGAAAGGAAAAACUUUCCUGAAAAACCUUAUCGACCAUGGGUCUGCUCUCUCUGGGUACGCCUCUACAUUGGAACGACUCCCGUCUCUAUGCUGAUCAUGUGCGCACAAACGGUAUCAUUCAGCUGAUAAACUGUUUCAACGCGGCACGAGACCGCAAGAAUGACCCGUUUUUGUGGGGAGACGAAGUGGAAUAUAUGCUGGUGAAGCUGGACAGGGAGCACAAAGUUGCUCGUCUUGCCAUCAACAAGGACCAUCUUUUGAAAGACCUUGGCGAGAAUGGCUCAUCCUUCGAGGUGGCGGUCAGUAAUAAUGUGGUGUUCCACCCCGAGUACGGCAGAUACAUGAUAGAAGCAACUCCGCUCCGGCCCUACGAUGGGACGAAAGUGGAAGAGUUUGAAUAUGUUGAGCAUAACAUGAGAACUAGACGGCAGAUUGCCACACAGGAGCUUGGAGAAGAAGAUAUGUUGCCAUUGACACUCACUUCUUUUCCGCGAAUGGGCGUUGAGAUUUUUACAUAUCCGGCCGCCGAGCCUAACGGUGAAGCGUCCAAGUCUCUCUUCCUUCCGGACGAGAUCAUCAACCGCCACUUCCGUUUUCCAACGCUGACAGCCAACAUUCGUCGCAGAAGGGACCAGAAGGUGAGUAUCAACAUCCCUCUGUACAAAGACGAGAAAACUGUGGCUUCAGGAAUUGAUCCGUCCAUUCCUCGAAGGAACUUGUUCCCGCAUCACGACGAAGAACCAUUUUUGGGGGCCGCCAAGAAGGGCUACAUAUACAUGGACUCGAUGGGCUUUGGCAUGGGCUCGUCGUGUCUGCAAGUAACGAUGCAGGCCCCAGAUGUGGCUCAUGCUAGAUUCCUGUACGACUCUCUGGUCAACAUCGCUCCAUUGAUGCUGGCUGUGACAGCUGCGGCUCCGAUUUUCCGGGGCCAUCUUGCUGAUCAGGACGUUAGAUGGAAUGUGAUUGCCGCAGCAGUUGAUGAUCGGACCCCGUAUGAGCGCGGAGAGCCGCCAUUGAAGGGUCACAAAGAGAGAGGGAACACUUUGGACACAGCAGAGCUUGUGCGCAUACCAAAGUCACGGUAUGACUCGGUGGACCAGUACCUGGGUGACUUGGAUUCUUCCGGCAGAUUCUCCUAUUUCAGAAAAGAGUACAAUGACAUCGAAUCUCCGAAAAAUAGCAAGGUUUACGAAAAACUUGUUUCCAAUGGGUUUGACGAAACACUGGCGGGCCAUUUCGCACACCUGUUCAUCCGGGACCCUAUCGUCAUUUUCACCGAAUCCAUAGAGCAGGACAACACCGUCGAGACCGACCAUUUCGAAAACAUCCAGUCUACAAACUGGCAGACACUGCGUUUCAAGCCUCCAAAACAGUCUGCUGUGCCGGAAAGGCACGAUGUUCCGGGGUGGAGAGUUGAGCUCCGGCCAAUGGAAAUUUCCUUGACAGAUUUCGAAAACGCUGCGUAUGCAAACUUUUCCGUCCUGCUCUCGCUAGCGGUGCUCAAAUAUAGACCAAACUUCUACCUCCCUAUUUCGUAUGUGGAGGCUAAUAUGAAGACGGCGCAUCGCCGGAAUGCCAUAGUGGAGCAGACAUUCCACUUCCGAACCAAUGUGUGGGAGGCAGGAGAGGCAAUUGUGGAGCAGCUGAGUCUUGAAGAGGUUUUCCACGGAUCCGGCUCUUUCGAGGGACUUCUAUCUCUAGUUUACCGAUACAUCAAAGAGACAUGGGGAGAACCUCUUCCCGCAAAGCUUGAGGCGUACCUCAAGCUGGUGAGCUUUAGAGCUUCGGCAAAAAUCCCAUCCACAGCGCAAUACAUACGGAAUUUUGUCGUGAGUCAUCCAGAUUACAAGAAGGACAGUAUUGUCAGCGACCAAAUAAACUACGACCUGCUGGAGAUGGCGGCCAAACUGUCCACAUACGAUCACGGCCUGGUGACUGACUUCUUCGGGCCCGAACUGGGUCAAUGGUUAAUUGAUAAUGGUUACUAGAUAAAAAACAUAAACCAUACAGCUGCGCAAACCUAGUUCUCGUUUUCGCUUUCGGACUCAGACUGAGAGUCGAAGGCUUCCUUGUGGACUUCCUCCUGAGCCUUAGCUGGUCUCUUGUGCUUCUGUCUGCGUCCCUUCUCGACCUUCUCGACCUUCUCUUCCUCGUCCUUUGGCUCCUCGUCUUUUGGCUCCUUCUCCAACUUCUCCUUCGAAUCUUCCUUAAGGUGCUUGUCCUGUUUCGUCUUGGAGAACUCGCCUCCCUUGUGGCCCUUCAACUUCAUUCCCUUAUGAUGUGGUCUGUCGUGAGCCUUGUGCUCCUCGAUUUCAAACUCGUGUUCGGUCUCUCUGAGUUCACCUUCAGCACCCUUGAUGCUCUUGUGGCCCUUGUGCAUCUCGUGAGCCUUCAGCAUGCCGCCCUUCUUGUCCAUCUUGCAGUCCUUGAAUGGCUUGACCUCAUCUUCCAUCUCGUGCAUGCCUUCGAAUCCCGGUGGAGGGCGGUGUGCUCCGUGGAAUCCGUGGGCAUGUGGGUGGUGUGGAUGGGUCAAGGACUUGACACCGUGGACAACCGGACCGGACUGCAAAACCAGACAGGCAACGAAGAACAAAAACACUCCCAAGCCGAGUUUGGCAAUCUUUUUGUUGGUCUCAUAUCUGCUCUUGAUCUUGUAGAGUUUCUCGACCUCCUCGCGAGGCAAAGUGACGUCGGUGUAUUCUGGCAAUUCUGUUUUAGAAGACAUGGUUAACAACAAGGAAAAAUUGCACGCUAUAUAAAUAUCACUCGAUAAGCCACCAAACUAAGCAUAUUCCAAAACGGGCUUCCCAAACGCAUUUGAAUCACCGAAUAAAAUUUUUGGCAAAGCCCGAUGACAUAAUAUUACAAUCCGAGGCUGACAAACGCGCUUGGCAAGGCAGGAGGGUUCGGAUGGGACCUAAGCAAGUGUGUGAGCGCCUCAUAGGGCUAUCACCGAUAAGUCUUCGUCCAAUCGCACAUCUGAGCAUUUUCAGAAGUAAGCUGCUGUGACACUGUGUGACUACUUGACUAUUUGACUUGGGUACAAGGCCCCUAAACUAAGUAAGCAGCAGUCUUCCAGACUCCUUUCUGCAUAUAGGCAAUCUUAUACGAAACUAGCACACUUUUUUGCAUAUAUGGUUGGUGUACAGAUGUCGAAUAUUAUUUUUCAAGAUUUUUCCCCAGUCGAUUGACUUUCCUUAUGUAUCGACCCUCAACUGGUCUGCUCAAUCAGCGUUCAGUGCCGUUAUUUGCCCCUCGCUUUUAUUCAUCAGCUUGCAGAAAAUAUGGGACAGCGACACAGCAAAAUCCGGAUUUUCUUUCCCCACCAGAACCUCAAAAUUGGUACGCACUUCUAACCAAACCACCUUCCCAAAAUAAACAUCGCUUAGCCAAUUUCCAAAAGGAGGUCAUCGAAGGUCUCCGAUCGCCGUCAUACGAUUCCUUCAACUCGCUCUUCAUCAAGCCCUACAGACGACACAGAGAUUUGGCGCAUGUCACAAACUCCAAGAGCGCCCUCCCCCAUGUUCCUAGUUCCUACGAUGCUCCAGAAGCAUUGCGCAAACAACUGAAACGCAGGCCCUUACCCUUUCACCUAUCCCAUCGACUUUCGACAUAUCUGCAGAAGAAGAGCCUGCGUGAUAUAGGUUCCAUCUAUUUUGAAAUCCCUGCACCACGAGCAGCUAGUUUUUCCAUACUUCAGCUGGAGCAGCUUCUAUCGCUGAUUUUAAGCACCAAGCGAGCCAAUAUUGAGAUUGUGAAUGUGGCGAGACGUAUUCUAGAGGACAUGGAGUCUGAUUCCAUAAGACUAGGACCGCUCGAGCAGACAAAACUAGUUUAUUUUUAUACCCGGUUGCAAAUGCCAUUUGAAGAGGUAAUUCAAAAGGUUCUGGAUAAAGGCUAUUUUCAUCCACACACAUGGAAUCUACUUCUUCAAUUCUACACAUCGCAUACGGACAAGAUUUUGGAGUUAAUGCGGACCCGUGUGUCCCUGGACAGGACGUUGUUGCUGACAUUACUGGAAAAGAGCUCCUCUUUGAACAGUGUGCUGAAUAUAGUCGAUAUUUUCAGACAGCGGCACAUGCAUCUGGAUCAAGAAGCCCUGGACAAGAUUCUAGUGAAGCUUGCCAUUUUCGAUGAGUACUUGGUUGCCAAAUCCAUACUAGACACCAUGAUCGAGACCGCUCCAAAGCUUGAGGAAAAACCGUUUCAGGUGCAGCAUAGUAGCACCCAUGAGCCCUGGGUCCGCAAACUUAAUUUGUACGAGCACCAUGGACUUAUGACGACACGACGUCGGCGAAGGUUAGUGAGCCAGAUCGAGCUCGUCAACGAAUGGCUACCAGAUAACACUCCUCUGAUCCUUUAUCCACAAAGACCAACUCCAUUUCUGAUGCACCAAUUUUUUGUUCUAAAUUUAAGCUCAGAUAUGAGUAUCGCGCGCAGAUCGCAAAUAUCUGAUCUUCUUGAGUUGAUGAAUAUAGCGAAAAUCCCAAUUCUAAACAAGACAGUGAUCCUAGUGUUACAACGUCUUGUGGAGCUAGACCAGCUCAGGCAACAGGAAGUCGAUCUUGCUGCGCACCUGGUGGAACUUUACCAAGAAUCUAAGCGUUUCAACUCUUAUUUGGAGAUCCAAGCUACCAAUAUGGCUUUCAACAGAACAGAAUUGGUGCCGUAUCUGCUCGUCAAGAGCGAAAAUAAUAAGAAACUUGAGUUUGAGGUCCGUAAUGGAGCAGGCUACAACUCGGAUUGCUACGACCAAGUGAUUUUUCGCCUUGGCUCAAAGAUGUACCACCAGUCCGCGCACUUGGACUUUGAACGGCUCGCCAAACUGCUCCUCGAGCUCCACAGAGAUUAA